AUGACAUUCGUAUUCGGUACUGCAAGUUCUUCCAGUGUUACCACUGCUACAAUCGCUAGUCCAUUUUCCACUGUGAGAAAUCAAGCAACGUCGACAUUUGCACUCGGAUCUCAACCGGCACAGACAGCUGUAUUUGGUGGUAUAGGUAGUUUCAACUGGGGUGCGUUACCAUCAGCAACCGCACUAGCGCGAAACGGACAGUUCUCUUCACCAUCUUUGCUCAGAACAACAACGGCAGCUACAACUUUAUCCAGUUUUGUAUUUAAUCCAAAUUCAAUAACGACGUCUGUAACUAGUACAACAGGAUUUCCAUUUGGAGGUAUGUCAAUGGCAGCACUACAACCUCAGCCAAUCGCUAAUUCAAUAUUAGGUGGUGGCAAUUUUUCAUCUGCAUCGACUGUUAGUAUAAUUACACCAUUACACCAGCCAUUUCAACCAAAGACAAUGCUUGGUGUCUCUCCACUUCUACCACAAAUUCAAAACUCAACAACAACAACAACUGCUGUUGAUCCAUUAUUUUCCUUGAUUAGCACAUCAUCAUCAUUGAAAAAUUUAUUAGGUGUUAGCGUUCCUACAGCAAUCUUGGGAGUAUCGUCUGGACCGCAAACAAAUGUAUUAUCGUCACUCAAAACCGUAACGAGCGUUCUUCCAUUAACAGCGUCAUCAUCCACUAGGACAGCGGCUUCCACAACACCAUUGGCAAGCACAACACCGAUAUUUUUACCUAACGUAACAGUGACACAACAGUCCUCUCAGCCAAAUGUCGGUCUCGGCGAAUAUUUUGCUCCACUCUCUUCUUCCCCAACAUCUGUAACAUCGACAAAUACUACCAGAUCAACUGAAGACAUAACCAUAUUAGCUGAUAAAUUAAAAGAAUCGACCAUUGAUCCACUUGAUCAAGCAUUACCACCACAACUAAAUGAAUUGGUUGAUAAUUUUAUUAAUAUAUUAGCUCAAAAUGAUCAAUAUUUAUCAGAAAUAGAAUUGAUGUCAACUAUUCAUUUUUCUACCAUUCUUGAACAAAUUACACGUGUUAAACAAUACAUAACAGAUGUACAAGAUGAUAUAGAAAAGGAUAAAGUCAGUUUUGAACAAUUGAAUCGAUCUUAUCAAGAGGAAUUAUAUCAAGCGACUAUAUGUAAUUAUUUAAAAUCAUUACCGUUAAAUGCUGAUGUUGAAAACAGAAUUAUUGAUAAUUACUUUGUGCACAAGGUUGAUAAUAUUAAUAUUCAAUAUAAAAAUUGUGAAGAUAUUUUAGAUUGUGUGGAAAAACGUUUACAAUCGUACGAUGCUGAUAUUACAGCUGAAGAUUUAAUUUCAGUAGCGAAAAGUGUUUAUACAGGAAUGAUAGCAGCUGGCUCAACAGUCCAUCGCGCACAUAAAUCUAUCGAAGUAAGUUAUUAUUUACUGUUCAUUCUUAAAUAGCUAGAGCAGUAGUAUAUACCGAGUUGCAGAUUAAAUAUAAAUAGAUCUAUCUUUAAUUAAAACGAUAAUUAAUUGCGACUAUACCUUGUCAAGUAAUGAAAAAUAUUUGACUGAAAACGAAAGGUCUUGAGCUUCAAAACUCUACAACUCGCAAAGGAGAAGUCAAAAACGAAAAAACAAUUUGAGGCCUGAGAUAUCUUCUACAAUGGAAUUUCCAGUCGGAUCGGAUACGAUUUUAUAGAUGGUCGUAGUAUAACCAAUUUCGAUCAAUAGUGUUUUGAACUAGAUGAAUAUAGUACUACAAGCGUCACUUUUUUUUAUGGCUUUCGGCUAAAUGGGACUCGAGCAGAAACUCUACCAGAAAAUAUG